GCUGUGGGUGUGUGGUGCUGAACAGAUCGCCUGCGCGCAGAGCGGAGACGCGCACAGUGUCCCUAUUCGUUUAGUGGAGGUACGGCUGCCGGCGGAAAGGGAGCGGCGACGAGGAGCGGAAAAAGAGGCACUGCGGGCGACCAUUCCUUCACUGCCAGAGCCCUCUGAGUGCUCGCCACCUGCAGACAUCGGCUCAUUUCUCCAGGCUUCUGCUUUUCUCCUCAAGGCGACAGGUUCUCAGUAUGUGGCGGAUCUAUCGUCUCCACUGAGAACCAAAAAAAAAAAACAAAAAAAAAAAACAAAAAAAAAACAAACAAACAAAAAAUACCAGACUAAUCUGGUGGAUGUGGACACCUAAACUGAAGACAUGGAGAAUAUAGUACAUAUAUCUUUGCUUCUGGUUUUAUGGGGAUGCGCGCUUGGAACCUCGCCCGGCGUUCAGAUUGGAGGACUUUUUCCAAGGGGCGCUGAUCAAGAGUACAGCGCGUUUCGGAUAGCAAUGUAUCGAUUUGCAGCCCAAGGAUUCAGGCUGACGCCCCACAUUGACAAUCUGGAGGUUGCAAACAGUUUCGCUGUGACGAAUUGUUUCUGUUCACAGUUCUCAAGAGGAGUCUACGCCAUCUUUGGAUUCUACGAUAAGAAGUCUGUUAACACCAUCACAUCAUUUUGUGGGACACUGCAUGUCUCCUUCAUAACGCCCAGCUUCCCUCUGGAUGGAAAUCAGCAGUUCAUUAUACAGAUGCGACCUGAUAUCAAGGGGCCCCUCCUCAGUCUCAUCGAGUACUACAAGUGGGACAAGUUUGCAUAUCUGUACGACAGUGAUCGGGGCCUCACAACGCUCCAGAUUGUUUUGGACACAGCUGCAGAGAAGAAAUGGCAGGUGACAGCAAUCAACGUGGGGAACUUCAAAGAUGAGAGGAAGGAUGAAGCCUAUCGCUCGCUCUUCCAAGAUCUGGAGAUCAAGAACGAGAAAAGGGUGAUCCUGGACUGUGAACAGGACAAAGUGAAAGACAUCCUGGAUCAGGUCGUCACUGUUGGUCGACAUGUUAAAGGCUAUCACUACAUCAUUGCAAAUCUGGGUUUCAUCGAUGGAGACUUGUCCAAAAUCCAGUAUGGUGGAGCAAAUGUCUCCGGUUUUCAAAUUGUUGACUUUGAUGAUCCCAUGGUUGCAAAGUUUGACCAGGGAUGGGAGGCCCUGGAGGAGAAGGAGUACCCUGGUGCUGACAGCAAAAUACGGUACACAUCAGCUCUGACCUACGACGCUGUUCAGGUGAUGACAGAAGCUUUCCAGUACCUACACAAACAGCGCAUUGACUUCACCAGGAGGGCUAAUACCGGUGACUGCCUGGCCAAUCCGGCUGUACCAUGGGCUCAGGGAGUGGAGAUUGAGCGGGCACUGAAACAGGUUCAUGUGGAAGGGAUUACAGGAAAUAUUCAGUUUGAUCAACAUGGCAAGAGAGUCAAUUACUCUGUGAGCAUAAUGGAAUUAAAAAGCAAUGGUCCUGUAAAGAUUGGAUACUGGAACGAAGUUGACAAAAUGGUUGUCAACAAAUCCGACAUCUUUUCAAAUGACACAACGGGAAUGGAAAACAAAACAGUUAUUGUCACCACCAUCUUGGAAGCUCCAUAUGUCAUGACGAAAAAGAAUGCUGACCUUUUUGUGGAUAAUGAACGUUACGAGGGUUACUGUGUUGAUCUGGCUGCAGAGAUUGCAAAGCACUGUGGCUUCAAGUAUCAGCUUAAAAUUGUUAAUGAUGGGAAGUAUGGAGCCAGAGACGCAGAGACCAAAAUCUGGAAUGGGAUGGUUGGAGAGCUGGUGUAUGGGAAAGCAGACAUCGCAGUGGCCCCUUUGACUAUCACACUGGUACGAGAAGAGGUGAUUGACUUCUCCAAACCAUUCAUGUCACUGGGGAUCUCCAUCAUGAUCAAGAAACCACAGAAAUCCAAACCUGGAGUCUUCUCAUUCUUGGACCCAUUGGCUUAUGAGAUCUGGAUGUGUAUUGUAUUUGCCUACAUUGGCGUCAGCGUGGUACUGUUCCUCGUCAGCCGCUUCAGCCCCUAUGAGUGGCACACUGAAGAGUAUGAAGAUGGACAGAUUCAGACCAAUGAAUCGACUAACGAGUUUGGCAUUUUCAACAGCCUGUGGUUCUCCCUUGGAGCCUUUAUGCGCCAAGGAUGUGACAUCUCACCCAGAUCGUUGUCUGGCCGUAUUGUUGGAGGCGUCUGGUGGUUCUUCACUCUAAUCAUCAUCUCCUCCUACACGGCUAACCUGGCUGCUUUUCUGACUGUUGAGAGAAUGGUUUCCCCCAUUGAAAGUGCAGAGGACCUGGCUAAGCAGACGGAGAUAGCUUAUGGGACUCUGGACUCUGGCUCUACUAAAGAGUUUUUCAGGCGCUCAAAAAUUGCCCUCUUUGACAAAAUGUGGACAUACAUGCGCAGUGCGGAGCCAUCCGUGUUUGUGAAAACCACAGCUGAAGGUGUUCAGAGAGUCCGCAAGUCCAAGGGGAAGUAUGCCUACCUGCUGGAAUCCACCAUGAACGAAUACAUCGAGCAGCGGAAACCCUGUGACACCAUGAAAGUGGGAGGCAACCUGGACUCCAAGGGCUACGGGAUUGCCACGCCGAAGGGAUCCUCAUUAAGAAAUGCGGUUAACCUCGCAGUACUAAAACUGAAUGAGCAAGGCCUGUUGGACAAAUUGAAAAACAAAUGGUGGUACGACAAAGGAGAGUGCGGCAGCGGGGGAGGUGAUUCCAAGGAGAAGACAAGUGCCCUCAGCCUGAGCAACGUGGCUGGGGUCUUCUACAUUCUGGUCGGAGGACUCGGUUUGGCCAUGCUGGUGGCCUUGAUCGAGUUCUGUUACAAGUCCCGAGCAGAGGCGAAACGAAUGAAGGUGGCAAAGAAUGCACAGAAUAUUAACCCAACUUCCUCGCAGAAUUCACAGAAUUUUGCAACUUAUAAGGAAGGUUACAACGUAUAUGGGAUCGAAAGUGUAAAAAUUUAGGGGAUGACCUUUGGGGAUGCCAUGAGGAAUAAAGCAAGACUUUCCGUCACAGGGAGUACUGGGGAGAAUGGUCGGGUGAUGACUCCAGAGUUUCCUAAAGCUGUCCAUGCUGUCCCUUACGUGAGACCUGACAUGGGACUAAACGUCAGCCUGACAGAUCUAUCCUGAUCCACGAGAAACUCCUGAGUGCCUUACAAUGGUUUCAAUAGAGAGAUUCCUUUCUCUGCCCUUCUCUUCUUCUGUUCUGACUGAUUUUUUUAAUGUCUGGUGAAAAGUUAAAAAUAGGAGAUGUGGGCCUUCACUUUCUUUGUCACAAAGACUUGUAUUGUUGCUCCCUUGACUCCAUUCUCCACCACAUGAAAACACCUCCCUUUAUGAGAGUAGUUCCAUCUUGGAUUAUCAAAGGUGGCUCGUGUUUUUGAACUGCUGAUUUCCUAUCUGCGUGGCCUGGACUGAGACCUGGAGAAAGGGCUUGACUGACAGCUGAGGUAUCUUCUGAGAGUCAGAGAUUCAGUCAUCUCAGCUGUGUUUUUAUUGGGUGAAAAGCAUGAGUGUGUAUGAAUGUGUGUUGGUGUGUGUAUGUGAAUGGAAGAUGUCACAAACACAUUGUUUCUGUUGCCACCAUUGCCAAACAGGAAUUUCAAGCACACUUGAUAUCAUCUGCAUUAAGAUGUGAAAUUUUCAUUUUUUUCUAAGAAAAUUUGCAAAUAACAAAACUAUGAAAAAAAUGCAUUUUUAUGUAUUUUCACAAAAUAGCUUUUAAAUAAAAUUGCUUACAUACUGGUUGGUUAUAAACAUCUUAAUAUGUGAGAAUAAAGAAAGAGAAAAAAAAAUCUAAACAGCUUUUAGUUCCAUAUUUUUAAGCCAAAUACAUUAAGGGGUGACAUCUUAAAAUCAUGUAAUUAAUUCCUAUUAAAAAUUUUCCUGUAUAUUUUAUUCUUUGGCAUUUGGUGUUGAUAUGAACUAUAUGUCAAUGCUUGGCAUUUUCAAUUAAUCCUCUGUUUUAUUAUCUUGUUAGAUUUGGUGCAGACAUUUUACUUUAUUCUUUGACUCUUGGUUUGCUUCAGUGCUUUUGCUGUUUGUAUAUUUUCCAAUGAGGAUUAGAGUCAUUGCUCUAUGUUCAAGAGGAAACAAAUCUGUUUACAUGCUAUGAAUGGAAAACAAUGAAUAGUAUGAUAUGGUAUUAUUGCAUUACCUUUUGAACCGUCAUAAAAGUGAGGCAUCCACAUGGCUUAGGUGAUGGUUCAAAAGGCCAAAAAGGUACGAGUGCCAAAUUCCAGUGCCAGUAGAUAUAAAUAUAUUCUUAUUAUAAUAAAUCACUGUCAUCUCAGUGAAUGUAAAUGAUUCUGAUACAUUCUAUAACUUUUGUAUCUAGGUGUACAGUUGGUGGCAAUGACAAUGCUAAUAACAAUAGCCUUUUUGCUUUGUUUUCCAGUCUCCAUGUAUUUUGCAUUGAUCUGACAACGUAGUAGCAUCACUUGCAUGUUGUUGCUGCAAAUACAAAAUGGGUUUAUUUAAUUACUGCCAAAACUGGGUUAUCAUUUUAAUGUUGAUACUGUGAGGUUAACAGUUUGAAAAUUGGAUUUUCAAUAUAAAGUAUAUAUACAUAGAUAUACACAAUAUAUAUAUAAACAUAAAACAUACAUUUUAUAUAAAUGCGAUAACAUGGAAAAAUAUAUCCCCUUUUGAGAAUAGCUUUGCUAAAUUAAAUUAACUUUUUCCUGAAUAAAAUAUUUAGUUUUAGUUGAGCUAUCUCACUGUGAGCUGCGAUUUUACAAAUGAGUGUAUUUUUGUCCGUCCCCGUCAAAAUUAUUCUUAUGUUGACUGCAACCAGCAGUCAUAACUUGUAUUAUUAUAAUAUUAAUAAUAAUUAUUAUUAUUUAUAUUAUUAUUAUUAUUAUUAUUAUUAUUAUUAUUAUUAUUAUUAUUAUCACAGUUGUUUAAUGAAAUUAACAAUAGAAACAUGACAUAGUUGCUAAUCAAUUUUCAUUGCAUAUCCAGGCUCUUCACUGAUAUUUUGUAUUUGGAAUGUGUGCUAACUUUCUUUAUUUUUUGGGACUAUUUCUAAAUAAAAGUUACUGAUUUCUUGUUAUCUCUA